UUUAAAGUUUUUCCUUGUUAGGUUUGUUGCAGUUGUUGUCAAACGUGUUUAUUUUUAUUGCUCGUAUGGAGCUAUGUGAUAGAAUUGUGAUAUUAUAUUUAUAGGAACUUUUAAUAGAAAACAGACUGAAAGUUUGUUUGACUGCCGAGACUGUUUGGUGUACAAAUGGCGUUUGAACGACUGGAUGUUUUGCCUUUGGCCGUCUUCAUUCUUUUUCCAGCAACUUUUUUAGCGACUUAUAUUAUAGCCGUUCUUCUUGGACAUGUAGAACCAGACUUUCCGUACAUUAGUGAUACAGGGACAUAUUCUCCAGAGAGCUGCAUAUUUGGCCAGCUGCUUAACGUUGGGACACUUCUAUUGGGCUUGGUGAUAUAUGUUCGUUACCGGCAAGUUGCAGAAUAUUACAGUAGCUACUCAUUGUCCCCUGCUGUACUCAGUCUGAACAAAAUGGGGGUAUGGUUUGGCCUGCUGUCAUGUCUUGGCCUCAGCUUUGUAGCUAACUUCCAAGAAACUAAUGUUAUAACUGUUCACCUUACUGGAGCUUUCUUAUGUUUUGGGUUUGGAACCGUGUACUUCUGGAUUCAUGCAGUGUGUUCUUACCAUAUGCAGCCAUUAGCAAAUAGUCUUCAGCUGGCCCAUCUUAGACUAGCACUGGCUGUCAUAUGCACUGUAUUUUUUAUUUUACUUAGCAUAACUGGAGUUCUGUCACACAUUCAGUUCAGAGGAAGCAAUCCACGUAAGUGGUAUCCUAAUGAUGGCGGCUGGCAGCUACAUGUGAUAAGUACGGCAUCUGAAUGGGUUGUUGCAGUGGCCUUCUGUAUAUAUAUCUUGUCAUUCGCAAGAGAAUUCCGUAACAUUAGCCUAGAAUCAAGGGUAUAUUUGAAUGUGGAAAGUGGAGGCUUUAGCGUAGUAGACAGUGAGUGUUCACCAGUUCUUCCACAUGCUGCUGUUCCUGAAGGUGUUGUUAUUGUGCGACAAGGUGGAAACAGUAUUAUCACUUGAUUAGAGAUACAUGCAAGAUGCAAUUCUUCGGGUUCACAUGCCAGUACUGUUUGGUGUGAUGAAUCUGGAAGUCAGCAUUCUGUUGUGAUUAUUGCUUCUAGCCAAACAAAUUGUGAUUCUGUCCAACGAGAGAAUGAAGUGUUAGAAUUUAAUCACCAAAAUAUACAUUUCUCUGAAGAUGAUGUGUGUGAACAUGUGAGCAGUGAAUCUCAAGAAAACUUUCAGGUCUCUGAAAACAGCAAUGAGUGUGCACAGCACUCAGUUGUGAUAUUCUCUUCAUCAUCUCCAAGAUCUCGUUGCAGUGAUAUUCCCGAAAACAAUCCAGUUCUUUCCUCCGAGACUGAAGAUGAUGGAGAGUUAGUUCCUAGCAAGUUGCUGUCACUUUCUCUCUCCCUAUUGGUGGCUGCAUUCUUCCAAGCCAUUCGCUGCCUUCAGGAACUAAUAGAAGACACAUUUAGAACACUACACUGUGAUUUAGAUGUAGAGUAAGUUCAUAAAGCCUUACACCUGAAAUUAUUUUUUAAAAUUUCAGAUUUAACAGUUUUAAUCAAUAAAAACAAAAUUCAGGAAAGAGAGAACACCUGCAAAUAUUAAGUAUGGUAUUUUUACAACGAAUAGUCUCUAUAAUCAAUUACACGCUUAUUGUAGGCCUAUGUAGGCUUUGUUUUGUACUACUGUUUGUGAAUUUUACAUGACAUUAUAAACUUUUAUAUAAGACUCUUAAGAAAAAUAUAUAACACAUUGGAGAAAUGCCCUUUUGCAAGUCCAAGACAUUAAAAACCUUAUAACGGUGCUUACAUUUGCUUAAAGAGGUGAUUGAGACUGAAGAGAUUUCUUUUCUUUUUUUAAUCUAGGUGAAAGUAAUGUAAAAUUUUGAUAUGGAAGAGCCUGGUACACUGUUAUUAACUUGUGCAGCCUCCCUAUCCUAAUUUAAGUCCAG